GACAGGCCUAUGCGCUGCGGGGUCCUGAUGUGUUCUUACUGAAUGAACGGUUUGUUUGUUAGCCAGGCAGCUAACAUACUAACCGUUAAAUGUAUUAUUCUACUCAACAGACACUGAUUUAUUUUAUGUCUUUUAUUUUAAAGGGUUAAAGUUCAUCAUUUGUCAACAAAGCGGAUUUAUUUUAUUUUAAAUCUGCGUCACGAGCUGAAAGCGAAGCUAGGAGCUGUUAGAAGCUGCAGCCACUGAGGGAGGAGGAGUAACCAUAGCAACAGGAGACGUCACUUCCGGUUUGAACACCUCCAGGCCUCAAGCUGAUUCUUCUUCUGUGGUAAAAUCAUGGAACUGGCAUACGUGUGUGAGUGGGAGAAACGUCCUAAGAGCACUCACUGUCCCUCCAUCCCUCUGGUCUGCUCCUGGUCCUGCAGGAACCUUGUGGCCUUCACCACAGACCUGAAGAACGAGGACGACGACAAAG